GAAACAUUUAAAAUUUAUCGGUGCGAGAGAGACGACGAAUAUAAACAACAAUAAACGGUUUCUUCUUAUCUCUGGAAGAAGUGUUAAAAUGUUCGCAAAAUGUGAUUUUUUUAAUCUAUUGAUGACUGAAAGUGUAGUUUAAAAUAAUCGCGUGAUACUUAGUGAGUGAUAAAGUGUUAAUGCGGUAAAUUAUAGUGCUUAAUUCAAGGUUAAUUCACCUGUUGUGUAGGCACCUGUUGAAGAAAGUAAAAUGACUGAAAAUUGGAGAAAAAUUGAAAACGAAGAUGGGUUUGCUUAUUAUAUUAAUGAGGUUACUAAUGCAAAACAAUGGGAUCAUCCAAAAUUCUCAGAAAUCAGACAAAGAUUAGAUGAAUGUAAUUAUGUGAAAUAUUCAUCUUAUAGAGUGGCUCUAAAAUUUCGCGUAUUACAACAAUCUCUAUAUAUGGAUGAAGUACCCUUAUCAAUUAUAGCGGGUGUUUUCGAAAGACAUAGGCUGGGUUCAAAUGAAAGCUCUCUGUGCCUUGAAAGCUGCGAUUUAGAAGCUGUUUUAUCCGACAUUUACUUUGCUGCAAAUAAAAAAAAUCACACCAACACCGAUAUUGAUUAUGCCACCGAACUGAUGCUUAAUUUUUUGUACAAUGUUUUUGAUAAGGAGAGAAAAGGUAAAAUCCAAGUAUCCUCCACGAAGUUGGUAUUGGCGCUGUUAAGUAGUUGUAAUUUAAUUGAUAUGUAUAGUUUUUUUUUCACUUUAUGUGCCGAUCAUAAUAAUUGCGUUACAAGAUUGAGACUGCAGAGCGCUUUAAUUAAAUUGAGUAAAAUAACAACAUUUAUACAUGAGGAAGUUAGUUUUGGGCAACAUUUGGUGAACCCCUCAAUCGAAAAUUGUUUUUUAAAGUCCCCAGGACUGGUGGGGAUACAAGACAGUAUGUUUAUUUCGUGGUUGGAAAAAAAGCCACAAAUGUUUGUUUGGUUGCCUAUAUUGCAUAGAAUAAAACUAGCUGAAACAGUUGUUCAUUCCGGUAAAUGUACGAAUUGUAAAGUGACCCCCUUAAUGGGCUUAAAAUACAGGUGCAUAAAAUGCUCGAGAUUUAUUCAAUGUCAAAAAUGCUUUUUCUCAGGUAGACUUAAAAAAUCACACAAAUUAUCCCACCCAAUGAGAGAAUACUGCACUCAGAGGAGUUCCUCCGAUAUGACCCAUGCAAUAAUUAAAAAAAUAUUUGGGUUUUUACCAUGCGCCCCCAAAAAUGAUAAUAGAAACGACAACGUCUCAAUCAUUGAAACAAAGUCGUUAAGCGCUGGUAAAGAAUUCUUCCCAAAAUCGGUUUCAACUGACUCGAUUUGUAAUAUAGAGCCUCUAUCGCCCCCUGAUACUCAACUUCAAAUGAUUAUAAGACAACUGGAAUUACAAAAUAGAGAGCUGCAACAAUUACUAAUAAUCGGUAAUCAUACAGAAAAAGAGUUAAAACAAUACCUGGAAGAGCACAGAAACCACGUAUCAGUACAAAUACAAAAACUAAAAAUAUUAAAGGAUUUAUUAAUUAAUCAGAAAAACGUUACGCAAGAAAAUGUCCCUAGAAAAAUAAUAGAAUCAACGCCAAUGGUGGAAAAUUGUAGGCAACGGCUUAGGGGCAGUCAAGAGUUAGAUUUUUACAGCCCUAUAGUUCAAAAUUUGAAAUUCAAUAAAGUACAAAGCAAACAAAAUUCGUCGUCCAAUGCUUCUUCACAAUCUGACUCGACUAAAACUUACCGGUUGGACGAUAUCAGUACUUGGAUAGGAGGUAAAAUUAAUGGGGUAGUUAAAUUUUUUCUGACCUAUCCUUUUUAUGGUUUUAUUCAAGGCGUUUUGUAAUAUUAAACAUUUCUGUGAAAUCAGAAUUUCAAUUGAGUUUACCGUUUUCGAGACAUUUACAAAAAAUAUAAAUUUUUAUGACGUCACAAACCUGCCAUGUGACCAACAUUCUAAGAUUUCUAUUGGUUGAAAAUUACCCUGUUGUCAAGUUGUCUUGUUAAUGAUUUCAUUCGGUUAUGUCAGAAAAUACCCGAAGAGGUUAUGUACAAAUACUGUCACUGUCAGUUGAGUGAAAGAUGGUCACCAAAUUCAUUAAGUACCUAUCUUCCUUAUUACGAGGUAUCAUAUUACUGUUUGAUAUUUAAGAGUCCAAGAUAUAUCUAAAAAAAUAUAAAGAACUAGGCAUUAUACUAAUGAAAUGC